AUGGGAUUAAAAGAUACAAGAUAUGUUUCAGUUGAAGAAAUGCUAGCCACCUUUUUGUUCAUUGUUGGUCAAAACUCAAGGUAUAUUCAGGCUCAAGAUAGAUUCAAGAGGUCAAGAUUCUCAAUAAGUACAAGUUUUCAUACAAUUCUGAAAGUGUUAAACGCACUUGCUCCAAGUUACAUGGCCAAGCCUGAAACAACAGUGCCUCCAAAGAUAAGAGAUAGCACACGAUUCUAUCCUUAUUUUAAGGAUUGUGUAGGAGCUAUUGAUGGAACGCAUAUUCUUGCGAUGAUAAGUGGAAAGGAUUCAUCUAGCUACCGCAAUCGAAAAGGACAACUAUCACAAAAUGUUUUAGCUGCAUGCAAUUUUGAUUUAGAAUUUAUAUAUGUUCUUAGUGGAUGGGAAGGUUCAGCUCAUGAUGCUAAAGUAUUACAAGAUGCUUUAACAAGAAAUUCUAACAGAUUACAAGUUCCAGAAGGAAAAUUCUAUUUAGUCGACUGUGGAUACGCCAAUCGUCGUAAUUUUCUGGCUCCAUUUCGAAAAUGUCGUUCAGACGUGUUUCCUGAAGAAGUUGUUAUCGCUGAUGAUAAUGAAAUUGAUGUUCAAGAAAUAGGUGAAGAUGAGAACAUGGAUGAUGAUGUUCAAAAUGGCACUCAAGAACAACAAAGAGUGAAUGCUAAUAAUUGGAGAGCAAAUAUAGCAGCAACCAUGUGGACAUAUGCUAUGCAUAUGGGAUCUUGA